AUGAGAUCUCUACAAGCUUCGAUCUUUAUAGUAUAGAUUCUUUGUGCUAACCUUGAUUUGGCCUUACAAAAGCUUCCCACCGAUUUACCAAAUUCUCAGAAACAAGCAUCUCCGGCGACGGUCGAGAUGUCGCACACCGGCCGUUAGCGUCGCGCCCCUCGACAACCGCGGUAUGGAGUUGGAGGCUGGUGGCGCCGCCGGUGUCCAUGCUCGAAGUCGCUCGUCAGAGGCUGCAGAGCCACCCAAGCCGCUGGUUGACGACGACGGACGGCCGCGGCGCACCGGCACGCUGUGGACGGCCAGCGCGCACAUCAUCACGGCGGUCAUCGGCUCCGGGGUGCUCUCGCUGGCGUGGGGCGUCGCGCAGCUGGGCUGGGCGGCAGGCCCCGCCGUGAUGGUGCUCUUCGCCGCCGUCAUCUGCUACACCUCCACCCUCCUCGCCGAGUGCUACCGCUCCGGCGACCCCGUGUUCGGGCCGCGCAACCGCUCCUACAUCGACGCCGUGCGCGCCACGCUGGGCGAGUCCAAGGAGAGGCUCUGCUGCGCCAUCCAGCUCUCCAACCUCUUCGGCAUCGGCAUCGGCGUCUCCAUCGCGGCGUCCGUCAGCAUGCAGGCGAUUAGGAGGGCGGGCUGCUUCCACUACAGAGGGCACGAUGACCCGUGCCACGCCUCCACCAGCCCGUACAUCGCCAUCUUCGGCGUCAUGCAGGUCGUCUUCUCGCAGAUCCCGGACCUAGACAAGGUAUGGUGGCUCUCAAUUGUCGCCGCCAUCAUGUCCUUCAGCUACUCCACCAUCGGCGUCUCCCUCGGCGUCGCGGAGAUCGUAGCGAACAGAGAGCUAAGGGGCAGCCUCGCCGGCGUCAUCAGCACCGGCGCCACCGGGGUGACCCUGAUGCAGAAGGUCUGGCGCAACCUGCAGGCCUUUGGAAACAUCGCGUUCGCUUACGGUUUCUCUAUCAUUCUGCUCGAAAUCCAGGACACGAUAAAGUCGCCGCCGCCGUCGGAGGCUGCGGUGAUGAAGAAGGCGACGGCGGUGAGCGUGGCGGUGACCACCGUGAUCUACCUGCUGUGCGGGUGCGUGGGGUACGCGGCCUUCGGCGGCGCGGCCCCGGACAACAUGCUCACGGGCUUCGGCUUCUACGAGCCCUUCUGGCUGCUGGACGCGGCGAACGCCUUCGUCGUCGUGCACCUCGUGGGCACCUACCAGGUCAUGACCCAGCCGGUCUUCGCCUACGUCGAGGGCCGGGCGUCCGCCGCGUGGCCCGGCGGCGCGCUGGUCCGCGAGACGGACGUCAGGGUCAGGCUGGGCCGCCGGGCCAUGGCGUUCUCCGUGAGCCCGAUCCGGCUGGCCUGGCGCACGGCGUACGUGUGCGUGACCACGGCGGUGGCGAUGCUGCUGCCUUUCUUCGGCUCCGUGGUGGGCUUCAUCGGGGCCGUCUCCUUCUGGCCACUCACCGUCUACUUCCCCGUGGAGAUGUACAUCGCGCACCGCGGGGUGGCGCGGGGAAGCACGCGGUGGCUGCUCCUGCAAGCGCUCAGUGCUGGCUGCCUCGUCGUGUCCGUCGCGGCUGCGGCUGGGUCGAUCGCCGGCGUCGUGGAAGAGCUCAAGGCGCACAACCCGUUCUGCUGGUCGUGCUGACCCAACAGCUCAAUGGGCGAUCUGAGUCCUCACCGCGAGAAUAUAUAUAUCCUAGUAUAUGUUUUAGCCUUCUCGCUACCGGAAACCAGCACUUUGCCGAGUGCUUAGUAGGUUGCCGAGUGUUUUUUUUCGGACUGCAACCUUGCAGCCGGUUUCGACAUAAAAAUAUUGUGGUUGAGAC